GGGUGCCAUUCACCCGGUGUUUUGUGGUCCCCACAACUCGCACCGGCGCAGACAAUGGACAAGAGGAGUAUAAAAAUCAUUUGUUUUCGAAGUAUUAGGAGUAUUAACACCUCGAGACCUCAGUCAUGUGGAUGACUGGCGCCGUCCCCGUGGGAAGCUUUUAUGACACUGGUUUUGAUCAUAACAUAAAAUCUGCUGUUUUUGGUCGAGCACUUUUUUUUUGUUUUCUUGGGUGUUAGCUUUGACAACAAGUGUCACCCCACUUCCGGCAUACCACGCGACCCUGACUUGCGCUUGACACAUCCGUGCGGGGCGGCGGGACCAGGAGAGUAAGGCAGGAUCCACCGUUGGGCUGCCGCUGUGCAAUUUGCACCGCGCGACUUUUUCUAGCCGCUUUGCUUUACAAAAGUAUGGAUGUGAUUCGCGGUGCGACACAUGCUUAUGAGCCCGGUUCGACAAAGUUGUCGAGUGCGCAGCGAGCGCUCGCGAAAUCGGCAACGGGAGGACAGAAGCUGUCGCGCAUCUGCUCGGGGCACAUUCGCAGGUCGGUCGGGACGCCGUCGCAGCGGAAUGGGGCUGCAGACACUCGCCUCCGCUCUCUGACGACGCCAUGCUCACCCUGCUGCUGGCGGCGGCCGCGGUGGCGGUGGCGCUCGCGUGGCGCCACGCGGCCCGCUGGCUCCGCAUGUUCUGGAUGGCGCGGACCAUCCCGGGCCCCUCCAACGGCGUCCUCUACUUCGCCGGCCCUCUCGGCGAGGUCGUCGACAAGUCCCGAGUGGCGCAGCAGAGGUACGGGAACACGGUGCGGGUGUGGGCGUGGCCCGCCGUCAACGUCACCGUCUGCGAGCCCGAGGACCUGGAGGUGGUGUUCAACAGCCCCUACCUGCAGCACAAGCCGGCCAUCGUGUACGGAUCCAUGUCCCCCAUCCUGGGUGAGGGGCUCGUCACCCUGAGCGGCGACACCCACCGGCGCCACCGCAAGGCCAUCGGCCCUUCGUUGCACCUCGAGAUCCUGCAAGAGUUCGUCCCGGCCUUCGAGCGGAACGCGCUCAAGCUCUGCGAACAGUUGGGCUGGUUAGCGUCCACCGGGGAGGAGUUCAACGCCGUGUCCCUGCUAGGCAGCUACUCGGCGCAUGCCAUCUGCGAGACGGUGUUCUCAGCUGAGGCCCCGCCGAUUCUCGGCGAGUCAAAGGACCACUUCGUCAAGUACCUCCUGGAAGCCUCGCGGCUGAUGCUGAGCCGCGUCAUGAAGCCAUGGCUCUCCUGGGACGCGGUCUUCUUCUUCUCCAGCCAGCACGCCGAGUACACUCGCGCGGCGCAGGCCUUCGAGGCCUUCGUGUCUAAGAUGCUCGCGUACAAGGUCGAUCAGCUACGGCAGGGCGAUGCCUACACAGCACACGGCGGAGGGAGGCGUCGGAAGGCCUUCCUGGACCACGUCCUCACGUCCCCCGAGGGACAGGUCCUUGCGCCCCGCGAGCUGACCGAGGAGCUAAAGACCAUCAGCGGGGCGGCCGUCGGCACGUCCACGGACUUCAUGUCCUUCUUCCUCCUCGUCAACGCGCUGCUGCCCGACGUCCAGGACCGGAUCUUCAAGGAGCUGGAGGACGUCUUCGGCGGCUCGGAGCGGCCCGUGGAGCCGCACGAUCUGCCGCACCUGCAGUACCUGGACUGCGCCAUCAAGGAGACCAUGAGGAUGUUCCCGCCCGUCUUCACGUUCUCGCGCACCGUUCUGCAGGACGUGGAGCUGCCCUCCGGGCACGUCCUCCCCGAAGGCUGCAUCGUGGCGGGGCUGCCCUACUUCACGCACAGGGACCCCCGGCACUUCCCGGACCCGGAGACGUUUGAUCCAUCGCGUUUCCUUCCGGAAAACAGCCGCGGCCGACACCCGUACGCCUACAUCCCAUUCAGCGCCGGCUCCAGGAACUGCAUCGGCCAGCGCUACGCCAUGAUGUCCGCCAAGAUCCUCUCGUCCAGCAUCCUCCGGCGGUUCCAGGUGCUGCCCUCGUCCGACGGCCCGCGCACCCUGCGGGACAUAAAGCUGGUGGCCGGCAUCUCCAUGUCGCCCGCGGGCGGGUGCAACGUCCGCGUCGUAAGCCGCCGGCCGCGCAGCGCUUAGGGUCAGGUUGAUAUAUUUUUCACUUUUUAAAAUAAUAAAGAAAAAAACAAGCCGCAUUUGUA